AUGGCCAAGCCUACCACCCACGACGCGGCGGACUCAUCCUCCAUCACGCUCGAGAAGCCCGUCCCCGCCCCUACCAAGCGCCCCGGCACCUCAGGCACCGAGAACCUGCUCAUCACGAACCGGCGGCAGGCCUCAGAGCAAUUCCAGAAAGCCCAGAAGGCCGAGCGUGCCUACCGCGCUAAGAAGCACGCGUCGGCGGCGCGCACCAACUACACGGAAACCAAGGCGCACUUUGCGGCCGCGGCAACGCACCUGCGCCUCGGCGUGAAAGGGCUGCUGGGCGUAAUGCGCGCAUUGCCGUACCUGGCGGGCGAAAGGCGCGAGGAGGGACGGCGGAAGGCGGAGGCAAGGAAAAGGGCGAGGCAUUUGGAGCAGAAGAAGAAGCUUGAGGAGGAGCUGGCACGGCGGUCGGGGGACGGGGAUGGUGAUGAUGAUGCGGAGGGUGGAGAGACCGCGGAGGGCGAGGAUGAGAACGAGAAGCUGAGCGAGAAGAAAAAGGGGAAGGGGAAGGGCAAGAAGAGCGCGGCGGAGUAG